UAGCGAGGGAGUGAACAAAGCCGUUAAAGAAGAAGAGAAGAUGGCGAGAUGCGGUCGGAACUUGAGGAAAGUAGCUGAGUGCAUAAAACAGUUACCGUCCACAGCCAACCGGGAUAUCCAGAACAGAAGCAACGUUAGAUACCUUUCAUCAUGCGGGAUCCUGAUGAUGCGUGCGCACCCACUGCUGAGUGCAGCCGUGCCAGGGCGCCCCAUUACACUGCCUUCACGCAGCUUCUUCAACCUCGCAGAUUCCUUCUCCAAGAAGAAGGAGUACUCAGAGAGACGCAUCAUUGGGUAUUCCAUGCAGGAGAUCUAUGAAGUGGUGGCUGAGGUGGAAAACUACCGCCUCUUUGUUCCCUGGUGCAAGAAGUCUGAGGUGGUCUUCAAGAGAUCCGGCUUCUGCAAGGCCAAAUUAACCGUGGGCUUCCCCCCUGUAGUGGAGAACUACACCUCCCUUGUCACUACAGUACGCCCUCACCUGGUCAAGGCAUCGUGCUCAGAGGGUAAGCUGUUCAACCACUUGGAGACGAUGUGGCGUUUCAGCCCUGGCCUCCCUGGGUACCCCCGGACCUGCACUGUGGAUUUUGCUAUCUCCUUUGAAUUUCGCUCCCUCAUCCACUCCCAGCUCGCUCACGUGUUCUUCGAUGAGGUGGUGAAGCAGAUGGUUUCUGCGUUCGAGCGGCGUGCCUCCAGUGUUUACGGAGCCGAGACGCCCAUCCCGCGCGAGCUCAUGUUCCACGAGGUCCACCACACGUAGCGACAACCUCCUUCUGCUGCACAAACACGGACCCAUAAACAACAACGUCAGAGAGCCCGAAAAGAGACUGUGUUCCAACUGAAAGUGCCUUUCUCACAACAAUGAAACCAUUUCCUGUGUCAGAUUUUAAAGCUGGUGUGGAUCCUCCAGCUGAUUUUCACCUUGGUGCUAAUGCAGGUUCCUGUAUCAGACCUUGAUCUGGUGGUGAAACUGAGCCCGCAGGUCAAAUGGAGGCCCCACGGUGCGUCAGGCCAGUGCGUCAUCACUUCUGUACACAUUAGCUAUAGGGCUGCAGGCACACAACUGAAAACUGAGACAAAGCAAUGAUGAGCUGCAACAUGCAGAGUUUAUUCAGAUAUUUACUUUUGCACACAGAUUCUCUAACGUUACAUUUACCUGCACCUAACAGCCUAAGACAUGAAGAUAUUCAGUUUCACACAUGACACAGGAAAGCAAAGAGUUCAGCUGGAGCCAGACAAUGACUGAAAUUAUUCUGGAAGCUGCUGAAUAAUUUAAACCUUUUUUUUUUUUAAGUAAGCUGUGUUUCCACCAGAUGGACCAGAGUGUAGGUUAAGUUCCAGAGGAAAAAGUUUCUGCUUACACUUCUCAAAAGUACAGGAACGUCAGAGGGGAGUGUGGCGUGUGAUUGGUGGCGUACUCUGGAGUACUGAAUUACCACCAACUACUGGACUUUUUUUUGUGUACAGUCUAAUGCUAAACCAGCUGUCACCUAUUUAUAAAUGGACUAAUUUGCUGCUAAUCUGUAUGAAGGAACAGUUUAGUUCCUGGAACUCUGGACACUGAAUGGAAAAGCAGCUUUAGAAAGAAAAAAAACACAGGCUCCAGCUGCUUGAGUGUGUGUUGUGUUGUCUUUUGUCAAAAUGAUUGUGAAACUGAAGAUUUUUUUGGUCUUGGACUGUUGGUCGCACAUUUGAAGACAUUGCAGUGCACUGUGUCAAAACACGCAGGGCUUUUCUCAAUAUUUACUGACAGAAAUUGAGGAUUGUGAAAGCAAACAUUUAUUGUGGCUAGCCUAGUCUGCUGAUGAGCACCACUUGAACAUUUUUCACCCCGUAUGGUUCUUUUAAUGCAAUGGAAAUGGAAAGGCAGCUUAAUUUAUAUUCCAAACACAGAGGCAAGGGAAGAGCAUUAGACCAACAUCACAAUAAAAGCAGAAGAAAUUCACUGAAUGUACAGCAACGUGACAUGUAAAGUAUAAAAUUUAAAAAAUGAAAGACAUAAAGAAAGAAGAAAAAAGGUCCCAGUGAGAGACAAUACAGGAUGUAGUGACGCCAAAACAAGUGACGCAGUUUCAGGGAAGCACAAGGUUACUAAUAAUGCCCAAAUGCCGGAAAGCUUUCCUGCCUUCCAAAAUGCACUUUACUGAAGUACAUAGUGUUGCACGUAGUGUGCACACAGCUGGGACAUACUGUGCCAUAACAUUGCACCUUGAACUCUGACCCUCUCGCUGUAUCUGGCAUGGUGUUGUAGGUCAGAAUGGCCAGAAAAGCACACACAUACUCCGUACCCCCUCUGGAUACUGUAGAACAUCCUGGUAUUUUGGCGUUUAUAUUAAAUCUUUUUUCUUUCUUUUUUUUGUGGCAAACUCCAUAAUAGUGUAGUAUGAGUAAUGGAAGUCAGAACCAACACCACUGAAAUCCCAUAUCUUUGUACCAAAGGUAGAGCAGAGUCCUGCCAUGUGCCCAUGUUGGGGCACAGAGACUGUUAUGAAUCCCCUGUUUUAACAGAAAUUCUGAAAACAAACCAACAUGUUGUAUCAUGGCCAGCAGAUUAGACACUCGCUGGAUGUCUAACUGCUGACAGACUAAGCUCCUGUUAUUUAGCUGCUUUAUUUUCAGUGUGGAUGGACACUGGACUUCUAUCAUUACUUAAAUGGUUUUUCAAUUUCAACAGCAGUGGGUGGAGAUAUUUGGGCUUAAGUGUGCAAUAGCAGCGGUGUGUUGUAGUCAUGCUGAAUGCAGCCGAGCAAGCAUGUAAAACCCACUGCUGAUGUCAGGGCCCAAAGCAGCUGCUAGGCAGGAGCUCAUUUUAUCAAACUAAUGAGAAUUAUUUUUGGUUGUAGUGUUGUUUUUGAUUUAACUCCUGCUGUAUGCAGAUUAGCUAGUUUGAAACUGAGGAUUUUUUUAGAUUUAAAGAAAAGCUUUACAUUACGUGCUGAAGUGGCUCCAUCUUCAGUCACAGUUCUGUUUAUUUGUUUUUGGAGCAAGAUGUUACCAUGUUUGAGGAAGAGCUGGUUUAGUGAGCAAGCUACAUUAGUGCUCAGUAACACUCUGUGACUAAUCAAAACUACUCUGAUGUUUUGGUAAGAAGAAGUCCCUUUCAAUGAGAUGUAGUGGACCCUGACUGACCACAACUUCUUUCAAAGUAGCCACUCUCUAAGUGGACAAGUCAUACACUCAUUUAAAGUGUGUCUCUUUUUUUGUACCAGGCUGUAAACAUAUUUUUGUCCUGCUGUAAAGUUUGUUCUUAGCAUUUUUAACAUGGAAGUCCACGAGGAUUGGCUCACUUCUGGGGCCAGCUUUAAGUGGCCACUACAGGAAAUGCACUGUUAGGCAAUUCAGCUUUGGCUUCAUUCAUCAUCUCCCACCAUGUUAUUAGCAGCCUCCAUAUAUGGUCAUAAAUGUGCUUCAUGUUUGACCUCUGACUGAUGUCAGAGUGGUUCUCCUUCAGUGUUGACCCCUCACAGCCCAGUAAAAAUAAACUAAGAGCUAAGUGAGCUCUAUGGAGAAUGUAAAGGGGCGUAGCCCUGCACAUGCUGGCUCAGUCACCCCUACUGUUGCUUUGCUUCACACUGGCACCUUUCAGUUAAUUAUGAAUGUCAAUCGCAUCCCACCAGCCAAUUGGAAAAGCGAAGCCUUGACUUCUUAAUCAGUGGUGUCUGGUUCUGCAGGAUCACGUGUUUGUGUGCAUGUAAGGAUUAUUUAAAGGUAACUUAGUUUGUGCUGAAUUAGCGGUGAUAUGUUUUGUAGGCAAAUACAAAUCAAUAAAAAGGGAAUUGGCUGCAAGGGAAUACAACUGUGCGGCAAGACUUUCUGUUGAUCAUGAAACAAAACCGUGAGAAAAUGAUACCAACCCUGAUAAAUGCUGACCUAAAGAAGAGAUAUUGAAUGUUUAAAUGCAACACAUUGAUUCAGAGAGUGCACUGUGAUCAUUAUUAUUAGCAAACAGCUCAUUGUUCAGUCAGAAAUGGCUUUUACCAUCACACAACCAGCAUGUUACCUGUAGCGGUUUGAUAAAAUGGGGCUGCAUUUCCGUGAUGAGUCCGCUGACCUGAAACCUUCCACCUGUCCAACACAGCACCCACAGAGUGCCUCCAGACCUGCUGGCAACAUAUUUAUCUUCAUUUGUAAAGGAACAAUAGACUCAUUUUAUCAUAUUUAUUACUUAGUUUAGGUGUAAAUGCAAGCACUUCACUCUGGGAGCCAAUGUUAGCAUUUAGAAGCAGUAUUCCUAAUACAAUGUCGUUUUACAGCACUGGGGGAACUCCUCCAUCAGUGUUGCUGUAUCAGUAUCGUCAUGUUUAUACACUGCUCUGCAUUUGCCUUUUCUCUGCUUACUAUAACCGCUUUACUGCUUAUGAAUGCUAACUAAGGUGGCUUCAUGUGAAGUGUAAGUGUGUAAAUACUAGUUUUAAGAUCACAUUAGAGCUACACACUGCUGUUAAAGAGUAUGAUUAUGGAUUUGUGUCAGCUUGUUUCAUGCAAUGUGGAAAGGACGUUUUGUUUGUGUUGAAAAACAUGGACCGACUGCAUGAUUUAUAAAGUAUUUUUUCUAAAAAACAAA